AUGGUCCUCCCGAAGAGUAAGAACAGCGUGGGGCUGGGCAACAGCCUCAUGAAUGACCGUUUCGGACGAGGCAAAGGUUCCGACCGGAAGAAAGUAUCUCAGCAGGGAGUCCUCAGGACAGACCACACGACAGGCCAAACCUAUGUUACAAAUGCUGCAAAGGAAGCGUCAUGGGUGAAAAUGCGCAGUGUGACCGAACAAGGUGCCCUUGACGAAUUUCUGUCCACGGCCGAAUUGGCUGGCACCGACUUCACGGCCGAGAAGAUGAAUAACGUCAAAAUCAUACACUCAGAUCAACGAAAUCCUUAUUUGUUGAGUGCGGCGGAAGAGAGGGGUGCGAGGAGGAAACACGCACAAAACAGGGGACGAUUGACGGUGCCCAGGCGGCCGAAAUGGGACGAGACAACGACGCCCCAGCAGUUGGACGAGCAGGAGCGAGCGAGUCUGCUGGAUUGGAGGCGGGGCCUUGCAGAGCUUCAAGAGAACGACGACUUGCUCAUGACACCGUUCGAGAGGAAUAUUGAAGUAUGGCGACAACUCUGGCGAGUUAUCGAGCGAUCCGAUCUCGUAGUGCAGAUCGUGGACGCCCGGAAUCCGCUCUUGUUUCGAAGCGAAGACCUCGAGAAAUAUGUCAAGGAAGUUGAUGCGAAGAAAAGGAACUUGUUGUUGGUCAAUAAAGCCGACAUGAUGACCGAAGAGCAACGAAGAGCGUGGGCAGAUUAUUUCCAAGACCAAGGUAUCAACUACAAGUUUUUCUCGGCUCAUCUGGCCAAGGAAAUGAAUGAGGGGAGAGACGCCCUGGAGGAACUCGAUGCACGGCAGAUCCAGCAACAAAUCGAUCGCAAUUUGCCGGAGAAGACAAUGGUGAAGAAUAUUCAAGAUCUCAACUUGAAGGAGGAAGAAGGAGAAGAAUGGACUGACGAAGAGGACGAGGAUGAAGACUCGGGGGGUGAAGAAUCGACACCUGAAGAUGGUGAUCCGGAAAAUUCAGCCUCCACAUCACCUGACACUCAAAUCCUCACUGUCGACGAACUUGAAUCCCUCUUCCUCGAAAACAUUCCCAAGGACGCGACGACAGACAGGAAAACUACAAUCGGAUUAGUCGGCUAUCCAAAUGUCGGAAAGUCCUCCACCAUCAACGCUCUCCUCGGCUCGAAAAAAGUGUCCGUCUCCUCUACCCCCGGAAAGACAAAGCAUUUCCAAACCAUCCACCUUUCCGACCGCGUUAUCCUCUGCGACUGUCCUGGGCUAGUUUUUCCAAACUUUGCCACGACCAAAGCCGAGUUGGUCUGCAAUGGCGUGUUGCCGAUCGACCAACUGAGAGAGUACACCGGCCCCGCCGGCCUCGUUGCGCAACGCAUUCCACAGACCUUCCUUGAGAACGUGUACGGAAUGAAAAUCCACACACGGCCUGUGGAAGAAGGCGGCACCGGAGUGCCCACUGCCUCAGAAAUGCUCAGAGCCUACGCCCGUGCGAGGGGGUUUGCCACAACGGGACCAGGAAGUCAACCGGACGAGUCACGUGCGGCGAGAUAUAUCCUAAAAGACUACGUGAAUGGGAAAUUGCUCUACUGUCAUCCCCCGCCGUCAGGCAAUCCGGAGGCCGACGAGGAAGCGUACGGGAAAGAGUUCAACGAGAAACUGUACGACUUUGCCCAUUUGCCCGCCAAGAGGCAGGCCUGGUUGAUCGCGCACUCCGAAGAGUCCGCCGUCGGCGACGGGGACGCGGAAGGGCCGUCACAUCUGUUGCCCCAGCGCGCUCCGGCGCCCGUGGAGAAGGGCGCCCGGGCUAAACGACUCGACAAGGGCUUCUUCGGCCCCGGGUCCGGAAACGCAGGACACCUCACCAUGCCCUUCAACCACCAGUACACCGAACAGGGGAAGCAGCAGCAGCAGCAGCAGCUACAGCAGAAGCAGCUGACGGGUCGGAAGGCGAAGACGAUGGCGGCCCUGGAAAAGGACAUCGACCCGGCCGAACUGAGGAUGAGCAGUAGCAACAAGAAACAUUUCAAAGGCGCGCGGAGGAAAGCUAGGGCCGUGAGGGCGGGUCAAGAAGAUGACUGA